AUGUUGUUAAAAAAAUUAACCUUGAUUCAAAUACCAUUUUUUCGUAGACAAUUUUCUUCAAAUCUAUUAACCACGCUAAAAGAAAGAGGUUUAAUAUCACAAGUGUCACAACCAGAGGAUGAAUUAUUAAAAACCUUAAAAGAAGCACCACAGACUUUGAAAUUGUAUAGCGGCGCUGACCCAACAGCCAAAUCGUUACAUUUAGGUAAUUUGGUUCCGCUAAUGGUUAUGUUGCAUUUUUAUUUAAAUGGACAUGAUGUGGUUGCUCUAAUUGGUGGUGCUACAGGGAAGGUAGGUGACCCCAGUGGUAGAAAGACUGAACGACAACAAAUGCUAGAAAAUAUACGCAAUGAUAAUGUUACAAAAAUUCAAAGACAACAAAUCAAAUUUUUCGAAAAUGGACUAAAAUAUUACCGAAAUUUACAAAAAGGUGGGGUAAUAGUAUCUAACAAACAAGAGGAACAACAACCAGGGAAAAUUAUUUCAGAAAACAAUUAUAACUGGUGGAAAGAUAUUAAACUAUUAGAUUUUUUAAGUACCUAUGGUCGUUUUAUUAAAGUUCAGUCCAUGCUAAGUAGAGAAUCGGUCACUUCCAGAUUAGAAAAUAAUAAAGAUGGACUAGGGUUUAAUGAAUUUGCAUAUCAAAUUUUACAAGCUUUUGAUUUUUAUCAUUUGAAUAAAACUUACGGAGUCAAUAUCCAGUUAGGUGGCAAUGACCAAUGGGGGAAUAUUAUUGCCGGGAUUGAUUUUAUUGGAAGAACCAGUAAAGCACAAGUAUAUGGUUUAACUGUUCCCUUGCUGACAACUGCCACUGGUGAAAAAUUUGGAAAAAGUAGCGGAAAUGCUAUCUUUAUUUCAUCCAAAAUUAAUACACCAUACGAUAUGUAUCAGUAUUUUUAUAAUGUAGCUGAUGCAGAUGUUUCAAGAUUUUUGAAGAUUUUCACCUUAUUACCAAUCUCAGAAAUUGAAAGAAUUAAUGAUGCUCACUACAAAAAUCCAACCGAAAGAUUAGGACAACGUGUCCUGGCUAAACAUGUUGUUGACCUGAUUCAUGGAUGUGGUGACAACGCUGAAAAAAUUUCAUUGAUUUUAUUUAAUGAUAACGAACUAGGUAAAUUGUCCGGCAAACAUUUUAUAGAAUUAUUUGGUUCGUGCGGAGUUUUAUCUAAAGUCUCAAAAGAAAAAUGUUUGCUUAGUGUUAUCAUGGAAUUAUCCAAUUGUUCUAAAAGUGAAGCUCGUCGUAAAUUAAAGCAAGGUUCUGUUUAUUUGGGUUUAGAGAGGGCCAAGAUCACUAAUGAAACGGAAGAAUUAACUAAAUUUUUAAUUGAUGAUAGAGUAUUGAUUUUGAGAUUGGGAAAACAAAAGUGUCAUAUUGUUGAAAUGGUGUAG